AUGACGAUCAUCUCUGAUCUUCCGUGGGAACUAGUAGAAGAGAUACUCUCUAGGGUUUCGAUAACUUCUCUCACACCUGUUGGAUCCACUUGCAAACAAUGGAGAAGUCUAUUCAAAGAUGAGAGCUUUACACAUAAGCACUGUGAGAUCUUUGGAUCUCUUCUGCAUUUGCCGUUUGAUUUCAAUGGUGAUGUGACUCUAUCUUGUGUUAGAGAAGAGCAGCUUGCGGUGCUUUUUGGUAGGUGCCGGGGUAGGUAUGAGGUGGAGAUAUGGAUUACAACUAAGAUUGAAUCCAAUGCAUUGUUGUGGAGCAAAUUCUUUAAAGUUGCUAUACAACCCGUGUGUAGAUCUUACUUUUUAUCUGAGUUUAAAGCUCAAAGUUUCUUCAUUGAUAAGGAGAAGAAAACAGCACUUGUUAGUGGUAAAUACUUACUCAGUAACAAUUAUCGCUACGAGGCAUCUAUUUUAGUUGGAGAGGAUGGGUACUUGGAAGAACUGGAUCUCAGAGAUGUGUUCUCUUAUGUUCCAAGUUCGGUGCAGAUCCAAUAG